AGGAGCUACAGUAGCAGACAAAGUAACUAAUGGGUACUCAAGCUUAGCAUAAAGUUCGCCUCGUAGCUAAGCUAACGUUAGCAGUGUUUGUCGGUCAUGGGCAUAAACAGUAACGUUAACACCACAAGUCUACGUGCCCAGCAAGUAACGUAUGUUAACCCUCUACUAACCCUUGAUUGCUUUACUGCGAGGAGUUUAUUCGUUUUUGGAAGUUUUGAGCUAGGCUUAGUAAUCUGCUUUCGGCCCCCGAAGAACCUUGUGGGGAAGCCACAAAAAAGGAGCCAUGUUUCUGUACAACAUCACCCUGCAGCGAGCCACGGGCAUCACUCAUGCCAUCCAUGGAAACUUCUCAGGAACCAAGAUGCAGGAGAUUGUCGUUUCCAGGGGAAAGAUCUUGGAAUUAUUGCGUCCAGAUGCCAACACAGGAAAGGUGCACACUCUGCUCACAGUGGAGGUAUUUGGCAUCGUUAGGUCCCUGAUGGCGUUCAGGCUCACCGGAGGAACCAAAGACUACAUUGUUGUUGGAAGUGACAGCGGUCGUAUUGUCAUCCUGGAAUAUCACCCAUCAAAAAACAUGUUUGAGAAGAUCCACCAGGAAACGUUUGGAAAGAGCGGCUGCCGGCGCAUUGUCCCCGGGCAGUUCCUGGCUGUUGACCCAAAAGGCAGAGCUGUUAUGAUAGGAGCGAUAGAGAAACAGAAGCUGGUUUACAUUCUGAACAGAGAUGCAGCUGCAAGACUGACCAUCUCAUCUCCGCUGGAAGCCCAUAAAGCAAACACACUGGUCUACCAUGUAGUUGGAGUCGACGUCGGCUUUGAAAAUCCCAUGUUUGCCUGCCUUGAAAUGGACUACGAGGAAGCUGACAAUGACCCGACAGGAGAAGCUGCCGCCAACACGCAACAGACGCUCACCUUUUAUGAGCUGGACCUCGGCUUGAAUCACGUGGUCCGCAAGUACAGUGAGGCUCUGGAGGAGCAUGGAAAUUUCCUUAUCACUGUUCCUGGUGGUUCAGAUGGGCCCAGUGGUGUUCUGAUCUGCUCUGAAAACUACAUCACAUACAAGAAUUUUGGAGACCAGCCUGACAUUCGCUGUCCCAUCCCACGACGCAGGAAUGACCUUGAUGACCCGGAGCGGGGCAUGAUAUUUGUCUGCUCAGCCACCCACAAGACCAAGUCCAUGUUCUUCUUCCUGGCCCAGACUGAGCAGGGAGACAUUUUUAAGGUUACCCUGGAAACUGAUGAAGAAAUGGUCACAGAAAUCAGGCUGAAAUACUUUGACACGAUCCCUGUGGCAACAGCCAUGUGCGUCCUGAAGACUGGCUUCUUGUUUGUGUCUUCUGAGUUUGGAAACCAUUACCUUUACCAGAUCGCCCAUUUGGGUGAUGAUGACGAGGAGCCUGAGUUCUCUUCUGCAAUGCCGCUGGAAGAGGGAGACACCUUCUUCUUCCAACCCCGUCCCCUCAAGAACCUUGUGCUGGUGGACGAACAGGAGAACUUAUCACCCAUCAUGUCCUGUCAGAUUGCUGAUUUGGCCAAUGAAGAUACACCACAGUUGUAUGUCGCCUGUGGACGAGGACCGCGGUCUACUUUGAGGGUUCUUAGACAUGGAUUGGAGGUUUCAGAGAUGGCUGUGUCUGAGCUGCCCGGUAACCCUAACGCUGUGUGGACAGUACGCAGACAUGUAGAAGAUGAGUUUGAUGCCUACAUCAUUGUAUCAUUCGUGAACGCCACCCUGGUCCUGUCCAUCGGGGAGACUGUAGAGGAAGUGACAGAUUCUGGAUUUCUGGGCACAACACCUACUCUCUCCUGCUCACUGCUUGGAGAAGAUGCCCUGGUGCAGGUGUACCCAGAUGGCAUCCGCCACAUUCGAGCAGACAAGCGUGUGAAUGAGUGGAAGACUCCUGGCAAAAAAACCAUCGUCCGCUGCGCUGUGAACCAGCGACAGGUUGUUAUUGCGCUGACUGGAGGGGAGCUGGUCUACUUUGAGAUGGACCCG